AGAAGAUAGAGUAAUUGGUGCUGCAUUAAAUGACAGUUAAUAAAAAUAGUAGUUAGAUGUCUUUCAGAGUAGCCUUCUCAAAGAAGAAGAACAAGAAGAAGAGAGAUGUCUACGGGUAUGGGAAGUGGAAAAGGCAAAAGCCGUCCAUCACCGUCUGAUCCUUCAAUCUUAGUUUCCGACAAGAUUAACGCCAGGGAGAAGUACGCUCUCAUCCCUGACCGCUUCACUUCCCUUGACCAGGUAUCGAAAGCUCUAAGAGAAGCUGGUCUUGAAUCAUCUAAUCUCAUUCUUGGAAUUGAUUUCACUAAGAGCAACGAAUGGUCUGGCAAAACAUCUUUCAAUGGAAAAAGUCUUCAUGCUCUAGGGAGAAUUCAGAAUCCAUAUGAAAAGGCAAUCUUUGUAAUCGGACAAACGUUGGCUCCUUUCGAUGAAGACAAUCUCAUCCCCUGUUUCGGCUUUGGCGACUCAACAACCCAUGACGAGGAAGUGUUCAGUUUCCACAGUGACAACUCUCCAUGCCAUGGAUUCGAAGAGGUCUUAGCAUGUUACAAAAGAAUCACACCUAACUUGAUUUUAUCAGGGCCAACGUCUUAUGGACCGCUCAUCGAUGCUGCUGUCGACAUUGUUGAAAAGAACAACGGACAGUUUCACGUUCUGGUGAUUGUCGCUGAUGGGCAGGUAACGAGAGGGUUUGAUAAGGCCGAGGGAGAACUCAGUCAACAAGAGAGAGCAACUAUCGACGCCAUUGUUAACGCGAGCUCGUAUGCUUUGUCGAUUGUUUUAAUCGGUGUUGGAGACGGGCCAUGGGAGGACAUGAGGAAGUUCGACGACAAGAUCCCUAAGCGUGAGUUCGACAACUUUCAGUUUGUGAAUUUCACAGAGAUCAUGAAGAGAGAUUCAUCAGAGUCAGCCAAAGAAGCUGCAUUUGCUCUUGCUGCUCUAAUGGAGAUUCCCUUUCAGUAUCAAGCAGCAACCGAACUCGGCUUACUCGGGAAAACAACAGGCUUAGCUAAGAAAAUAAACCCGAGGCCACCACCUACUCCUUACACACCUACUAUUCGUACUGAACUAGCAUCACCUGCAUCAGAAGAACAUACUCAGAGUUGCCCAAUUUGCCUGACUAGCCGGAAAGAUGUGGCUUUUGGCUGCGGUCACAUGACUUGUAGAGAUUGCGGAUCCAGGAUAGCAAACUGUCCCAUCUGCAGAGUACUGAUCACAAGCCGGCUAAGGCUUUACACGUGAUCAGUGCCUUUGCACAUACUGUCUUUCUCCAGCUUGGUUUACCAAGUGUCUCUGCAUUGUUCCAGAAUCAGCUUGUACCAUUUAAAUAUCCUAUGUACUUAUAGAUGUUAGCUUGCAAACAAGAAUGGUGAAGAUUAGAAAUGUACAAAACAUGGGUUUUACAUUUUUUAUUCACUGUCACAAAAAAAAAUGUUUGAAGUGA